AUGCCGUCAGAGGUGGUCCAGCUGGUCCUGCCUCUUAUCCUCAAGCUGGGGAUCCUCGGCGAGGAGGCUGUUGGCCUCAAGGGUGCUUCGAUGACGCACCUUUACAAGCACAAGGGGCCUAGGAACAAAUGCGAGUCCUAUCGAGCCAUCAUGUUGCUUCCAACCCUGACUAAAGUCAUCCACAAAGCCUUCAGACCGAGUCUGUACGAGCACGUGAUUGCGAGUGCCCCCCCCAUCCUUCUGGGGGGCAAGCGCGGGGCCUCUGCUGUUUUCGGUAAUCAUGUGGUGCGUUCCUUCUGCCGGUGGUGUUCCAGGGAACGGCGACCUGCCUGUGUUCUCUUUGCAGACGUUGCUUCGGCAUAUUACCAGUCGGUUAGGGAUCUGACCGCCCGCAGAACUGUAGUCAGCGAGGGCUCGGUCCGAUCCUCUGCUCUGCCCCUGGACGAACCUGGUUGUGAUGGGCUUGCUGAGCGUCUUGCUGGAGACAGCGCUUUUGCCCGAGGAAACGCUUCGUCAUGGCUGGAGUCGCUUGCAGCCGAGCUGCACAGGGGUUCCUGGUUUUCUCUUCGAGGGGAUCAUGUCCCUGUGGUUACCCGCCGGGGGUCUCGCCCAGGUUCAGCACUUGCGGAUCUUAUGUAUAGUGCUGGAAUUGAGUCCAUCGUUGCUAUGCGGGACUCGCUGCGGGCUGCCACUCCAUCUGCCGGAUCGGUCCCUUCCCUGCCUUGGGACUCUAGAAGGGACUUGUCUGAGCGUUCCCCACCACGGGAGUUUGUGCCACUUACAGAUGUGAUUUGGGCUGAUGACCUUGCCACUUGCUUGACACUUUCGUCCUCGCACAUGGCUUCGCUGCAGACAGCUAUUGAGGCAUCUGUCCUUGAUGAAUCGUUUGCUGCGCACGGGUAUACGCUCUCGUAUGGCGCAGCCAAAACAGCUGCAAUGGUUGCUCUGCAAGGGCAGGGGGCACGCUCGGCUCGGAGAGACCUCUUCCGUGGCAAGGGUGUGCUUAGCGUGGUUCGUGAGCACGCGGAGCCUGCGUCCCUCCCGUUGGUUGCAACAUACCGGCAUUUAGGGGUGCUUAUCAGCGCCAACAACUCCUUCCUGCCAGAGCUGCGAGCUCGCAGCUCAUCUGCGUGGUCUGCCUUCCGUCAGGGCCGCCUCAAGGCAUACAGGUGUCGCCGCAUAGCUGUAGCCCGAAGAGGUGCCCUCCUCUCCACGAUGGUGCUUCCGCGCCUGCUCUUCGGAGCGGGGGCGUGGCCGAGCCUCCGCAAAGGGGAAUGCAGCUUCUAUCACCGCACAGUCUUCGCGCUGUAUAGGCAGACCCUUUGUGUUCCACACGGCGAGGAUCAACAUAUCUCCGGGGCUACUGCUUGUGCCCUCCUCCAACUGCCUGACCCGGCCACACUUCUCCGAGUGGAGCGGCUUCGGUACUUACGGCAGCUGGUCCAGUCUGCACCGGAUGCUCUGUGGGCGCUGAUUCGUCAAGACAAUGCUUACCUCGAGGAAAUGCGCUCGGCGCUGAGCUGGCUCUUUGCCAGACUGCGCGCCACUGUCGAUCUUGGGGACCCUCUGGCGCACUGGGAGUCCUGGGGCGAUGUUAUGCGCUGUGCUCCCGGGCGUUUCCGAGGCGCUUUUUCCUCACUUAUAGUGAUGAGCCCCCUGCACCUUCUGGGGAUGUGCGAUAUGUCGAGGUGGGGCACUUUCUGCCCGGCAGGGCCUGUGCUAGCUGAAGGCGUCCACCCGCAAGCUCCGCCCGUACAGCCGCCAGGAGACUGCACGCCCUUUGGGGAACCCGAAAUUGACUUUGCAGCAACAGGCCAUCCAGCCCUGCUCGAUGCCCUUCUGGCCUUGGAGGCUGCUGAUGAGGAUCGCGUUUGGGAGGUGGUCCAGGAUUUCAUUGCUCCGUUGCAGCAUCUCCGGGCUACUGUUGAGGCCUGGGGCUCGCACCCGUCGGCCCAGGCUUUUGUCCCUGACCUU